AUGACCAAGGGAGACAAAUCUGUGGCGGAGUAUAAGGCGGAAUUUCUACGUCUUAAUAGGUAUGCAAGAGUUAUGGUGGCAACGAACUAUGAGCGGUGCGUUAGGUAUGAGGAUGGGCUAAGAGAUAGCCUCAAGGUAUUGAUAGCUCCACAAAAGGAGCGAGUUUUCUCGGAGUUAGUGGAGAAAACAAAGAUAACGGAGGAGGUGAAGUGCACUGAGUGCCUAAAUCGAGAAAAGGAAAGGGGUAAGAACAAGAGGGAGGCUGAGACUCCUGAUAUUGACCAGAGGCCUAGGUCUAGGACCAGAGUUAAUGGGCCAGUUAGGGUAGGGCCUCCUACUACUAAUCCAGGAGUGCCACCUUGUGCUGAUUGCAGAAAUACUGGCCAUGCUGAGGCGAGGCAGCCAGCUUUGGUUUAUGCUGCUCGUCACCGAGAAGACAGGGAUGCCCCAGAUGUGAUAGUGGUGAUGCCAUUCGGGCUGACGAACGCAUCUGCCGCUUUUAUGGAUCUUAUGAAUCGGGUCUUUCAACCCUACUUGGACAGGUUCAUGGUAGUUUUUAUAGAUGAAAUUUUGGUGUACUCAAGGGAUGAGGAUGAGCAUGAUGCGCACUUAAGGUUUUUGUUGCAGACUUUGAGGGAGAAGCAGUUGUAUGCCAAAUUCAGUAAGUGCGAAUUUUGGCUAAAGGAGGUUACUUUUCUAGGACAUGUGGUGUCAGCUGAGGGGAUUGAGGUGGAUCCUUGGAAAAUUGAAGCAGUGUUAGACUAG